GCAAUACGUCAACUGUGAUAGACGUUUGACGCAUGCUCAUUUAAAAAACUCGCAGUAUGAGUAUGAAACGAAGUGCAUAUAGUUGUAAUUGUAGGAAAAAUGAAAUGGUAAUACCUAACUUUCGGUUUAAUUUUCAGAUAUUAUGUGACGAUUAAGCGCUAUCCUGCUAACUUGUUGAUUUUUCUAAGGACGAUGGAAGCUACUCUAGAAGAUGUAAAUUCCAAUUUGAAAUUCUACAAUGAUACUCCCAAAAAGCUCCAUGAUAUUCAAGAUACAACCAUGACAUCCAGCACAGCCUCCAGCUUGUCUUCACCCAUGGAUUCUGGGAUUCAGCUGCUGGACAGCGAAAGCGAGAUUAACUCUCUGAUGUCAGGAAGUGGGUAUGGAGAUAUUGAUGGUCUCCUAGGGUGCGAAAAGGAUAUGAAUGGAAAGAAUGGUACCGUGGUAGUUGAUAUAUGCAAGAUUGACAAUAAAAAUAUUCUGCUCAUUGAGAAUGGUGAUAAUAAGGUGGAGGAUCCUUGUAUGUCAGAAGUUGAAGAAGUAGGUAAGAAGAUAGCGGAGCCUAAUGAGCAAGAAGAAAAAUCUGACUCGGAAAAGCCUGUGCAAGAAGAUACUAUCACCACCCCAAAGCAAAACAUUUCUGAAUCAAACCGCCUGUCAAAAUCUGUCCCAAGUUAUUUUGACAAAUUCGAGCCUAAACCAUCAAAUGCUAUUCGUACUACGAAACUCGAGACGCAGAGUUUCAGCGAUGACGUUUUCGAAAUGGAACAUCCGAUAAAAAACGCAGAAGUUGAUUUGAUGAACGUGUCAUUGACUAGCUAUGAAUUGCUAGAUUAUACAUUGCAAAAUAAAAAAAUUGAUGCUGAGAAUCCUGACAUGCAUGUCAGUCUGUCUGAGGAAGUAAAUGAAAACCUGAAAGUAAUUUUGAAUGGUACUCCUGAGAAAGCUAGGCCUGAGCCGGUGACAGAAAAUGUUCCGAUUACCGAAAAUAAAGAAAAGCAAGAUGAUCAGAUCGUUUUUAGGAGACAGCGCAAGAAAAAGUCGAAGUCUGAUACUCCGAAAAAACGUGUGUCUUUCCAUGAAGAUAUUUUGAAUAGCACGAAGAUUGAUGAUAUUCAUAUCAAUCAUGGAUUCAUCACACAUGAAGAUGACGUUGCCUUUAGCUUUUAUCAGCGAGGUUUUAUCAGAAAGUCUGAUGUUGUGAAAGGCAGAUACAGUUGGGCAGCAGAAGGUGAUGCGCCCUACUACGAAAAAGCCGGCCCUCAAAGGGAAACCAAAUCAGACAUCUACGUGAACCCCAGAUAUUCCUCCACCUCGUCCAGUUCCAGCGCCAGCGUUUCCAGUUCUAUAGAUGAAGAGGAUAGCGAGGAAAAUUAUGAUAGAAAAGAACCGGAUUUGAAGUCAAAACCGAAGUCUAGUUGUCUCAAAAAGACCAAAUGUCAUAGAAAGUAUAUUGACACUAAUAUUGUAGAGGAGGAGACGAAUUUGAAGAAGAAAAAAUCCGAAACAAACCUGCUGGAUAGCAAUAUCUUUGGCAGCCUGAAGAACAUUCUGAAUUUCUCUUCUUCUGUUCCUUUGGCAGAAAGGGGGGUGCCUGAAGGGCAGGAAGACAUAACCAUUUAUUCUUCAUCACAUGACGCAACAGUGACCAAUAAGAGAAAGACUUUUGGAAGUUUGCAAUUGAAAAAUUUCGAAGUGAAACCCGUACCCGUCAGCAAAAUUGAUCAGGCAAAGAGCAACAUGAAGCUGACAAGGAGCGAAGGUUUUUACCCUACCUAUCCAAACGUCCAGGAGAACUUGCCCUCCAAUAUAAUAAUCUGCGACAGCAACGUUUAUGAACAUAAGGGCAUUAGUUAUUCCUACGAGUACGACAACUUUCAAAAAACUUUUGAACAGGAAAAUAAGCCGAAGAGCUCUACUUUGUAUCAAACUAUUCUGAAGGAGUUCAAUUUUUUCCGUCGAAAGGCUAGAGAUGAUAGUGCCGGGUGUGCAGACUUAGGGGUUGUCAACAAUGAUGCUGCUACUCCUGACACUGUCGUAGAAGAGAAACCUGAGAAGGUUGAAGAAGCAAAAUCGGCUCCGAAAACGCCUUUGAGUAAAAUAUCAAGCAGCAAAAUGGAUUGGUCAGACACCGAUACUCAACUGUCAGAACUGUCAGAGGCGUACAAUACCCGUCACCUGAGCUCUCCGAAACGAAGGGUGAACAAAAGUAACCAUUAUUCGGUUAGUCAGUCUUUUAAGGUGCCGUUGUCGGAUAGGAGUGAUGACAAUGACGUAGCCAAAUCACUAACUCAGCUUAGGCCAACCAGUUCUUCAGGAUCUUCGCUGAUAAACCGAUUUCUGAAGAAUGUCACGGCAAAGAAACUAAUGGACGUCAAAUCUCGGAAUAAAACAAGAUCCUCCUCCAACAUAUUGGGCUUAUUCGUGAAAGGCGUUCGACCACCUGCAGGUUCAGAUGAACUAGAUGGACAGUUGGAAGAGGAGAUCGUGACUGGAAGGGAGACAUUGAAAGCUCAAAAGGUUUGUUAUGACAAGAAAAUGAUUGCGCAGUUCAGAAAGGAGCUGUUCAGGAACAGGCUAGAAAAAGUGGUGGGGGUGUUUUAUGUGAGGAGCUCAUAUACAACCAAUGGCGAUACAAGGCCGCUUUUGACAGUUUUGACGGAUAUGACUGUUUAUAUUUCUGGUACACGACCAAACGGCACAUACUGCAACCACUUCGUCCUCCCAUACACCGAACUAAACACCAUCCUGAUCGGUCCCAAUGGUCAAACCAUCCAUCUGUCAAACUACGACAAGGACAUGCAGUGCAUUAUCACCACGGGCUGCUCAAAUAUGACUAGAGAAUUGGUGGGUCGGUUGGAAAUAGCGAUGCGACGAGAUGGAAAUCGGCCAAGAUUGCCGGCAGUAAAACAGCUCAGCAUGGCCGAUAUGGCCAAUUUGAGGAGGAGCGUUUGCAAGCAGACGUCGGUGGAUAAGAAUGAAGAGUAUUUCUACUACAGUAUUGUUAAUGUACAAGAUUUGGCAUCUGAAGGGGACUCUACACCUCUUGGACCAAAUAAGGAGGGACCUCUCAUGUUCAAAACCUCAGAAUCUGAAGCAUCGAGGUGGGAAACGGCAUAUUUCAUUUUAAAGGCUGGCGUCUUAUACAUGCUAUCAUCAGUAUCCCAGAGGGUACCGAUGCGAGUGUUUCCUUUGAUAAACGGAUCUUGCCAGGGUGCAAGGAGGGUAUUUAAUAGCGUGAGACCUCACACGUUCCAGCUCAUUGUGGAAGGAAAGAGCUUGCUUCUGGCCGCUCCUGAUGAAUAUGUUGCUAGUGAAUGGUUGCAGGAAUUGAUACAUGCUGCUAGUGGGGCGUAUACAAACAGAGAGAAACAUCCGACUCAAGCAUGUACGUUGCUGAUGACCAGUGAACAUAUUUUGACAGUGAGGGAAGCAUUUUCGUUUACAGUUACCUCUCUGUUACCGCCUAGAAGUAAGCAUGAUCCUAUCAAAGGUGCUCAGGCUCUUUCAUGCGCCUGUAUCGUGGACCUUACUUCGUUCAGGCUACCUUCUGCUGAACAGAGUUGGUGUAUUCUGGAAUUCGCAUGUAGAGAAGUUCACGAGUAUAGCGGAGAUUGGAUCCUAUAUUUCUCUACGAAUGCAGAGCUAGAGAAUUUCAUAUCUACUCUUGAGAUGCUUUGGCAUUAUAAUAAUGAAAACGGUGACAGUUUCCCGUUGAGUACCAUACCAGAAACUGAUCCGUUGAGCAAAAAAUGUGUCGACUUCUACACGUCUCUCAUUGGUGUGUGGCCGGCAAAUACGGUGCUACUACAGUUUUUGUAAUGAUCCAACGAUCGAGAAGCAACAUUUCAUCAUCCCAUGCUUUAGCUUUCACUCAACAUUUUACACUUAGGUUGUGCCCUUAACGAGUUAUAUUGCUGAGCAAUAAAUCCUGUUUAUUUUCCUUGCCGAUAUUUUAUGAAUAAUAAUUUAAGUGAACUGAAACUGUAUGAAUCUGAGUUUAGUCCCUGCAUUGUAGACCUAUGCGCGUGUAUCAUGCAACGCGGCAGUUAGGCCCCGUUCUAUAUGGAGAUGUUACUGACUGUGAAGUGUGUCAGCAGCUGUUUGACGACAGGGGAUAAGAAACUCAAGGUGAAGGAGUACUUUGUUUAGUAGGACAUUUUUUAUAUUCGUCUUCUAAUGGCCUGUAUUUAUUUGAAUUUCUUGUAUUUAAUUUUAGUUAAGACCCAAAAUAUUGUAACGAAAACACCGCCUAAAGUCUAAUUUAGUACUUUUACUUUAAUUUAUAAUACUUGUACUAAUUUACGAGAAUUUAUAACCAUGUUUGACUAAGUCAUUGCCCGUUGUCGACUGCUAGACUGUCUUUCGCCGUCAGCGCAGCAGCUUUUAUUUUUGAAAUGGGCCAGUUGAGAAGCUUUUCAGCGCCUUCGUCGAAAUUCCAGACGAUGUCAAUCGAUACCUCUCGACCAAUUCGACACCUGUAUUACGUAACUUAAAAAGUGCUAUAUUGAUUUUUGACAUUACAUAGGUUUUUUCGACAUUAUGUAGGUUUUGAACUAGCCGAACACACUAGCGGGUACCUAGUGCACAAGUUAACAUUUUUCUGAUUUUUGUGACAAUGUUUCAAAAUUAAUGCUCAUCAUUGGGAUCUCGGAAACGGUAAGAGAUACGAAGUGGCUUAAAUGGGAUCAAAGUUGCGUAUUUAGGUAAUUAACAAGAUGAGAGAGAUGAUGAAAGUUUGAAAUUCAAAGGUACUUGCGGAGAGGGACGGAAAAUACUAAAAUUUCCCAAAAACUUUUUAAUUUUUUUCCAGACUUUAUUGUGGCGAGAUUUUAAAAUAAAUUGCACAUUAACAUUGCAACUUACUACUAUAAGGCGACGCCUCGCUAUUCAAUGUUCCAGUUAUGCGGGCGUUACAAUAUAUACACAUAAAAAACUAAACAAAAAUAACAUGAUUUAGAUAAAUAUUCGAAGGAACGAAGAAUUUUGAUUUAUUACAAAAAAAAGGUAAAUUAUAACAAACUCACCCCUUUAGUUAGAAACUGUGGUCAGAUAUUAAUUCAGUGACAUGCGCAUCUUAAUUAUGGUAUCCUAUACUAAUCCCAGUAAGAUCUAGAAGGAUAUUUUAGUAAUUCUUCGUCAUGUCGAUAUAAAUUCAAGAGAAGAAUAUUUAUUUCAAGAAAUGUGAAUAUGGCAAGAAGGAAAAUAAACGGUAUUUAUUAUAUUUUUAUACCUAGAUGAUUUGUAUAUACUUGACUUUAUUUAGUUUGACCUUAGAAAAAUUAUGAACAAAACUAUAAAGCUUAACUAAUGAAUUUGAAGGAAUGCUGGUUGAUAUUUAUUAGCUGGAUUAGAUUAGAAAUCACCUUCAAACAAACUUGCUAUAUGGAAUUUUUAGCAAACUGCAUUCACGGGUAGAUUUCUAUAAAUUUUCUAAUUAUUUUAUUUCCUGACUGACAAUCCCUCAAAUUAAAUAUCACAUGAUGCCUCAAAUUAAAUGUCAUAUGAUGCCUGCCAAGUGUCAGAGUGUGCAAUUAUUGUUUUGUAGCAUACACUUCUAUAAAAUGAUCUAUGUGCUACAUUUGUUACUUUCACAAUAAAAUUCAUUUGUCACUUGAUAAAAGGUGGCAUUUUGUUUUAAAAGCUCCCAGUUAUUUCAGUCAAAAUUUAAUUUUUAUAAAAUACUUUUAAUCUGUGUGUGCAUUUGGUCAUUUGUUGAGCCAUAUUGUUUUGUUCAUAGGUGUAUAUUUCUUUUUACAUUACUCUAAGGUGUAGAUAUUGAGAAUUUUUUAUCCAAUUGUAUUGAUUUCUAGUCUUUUUUAACUACCAUUCAAUGAGAAAUGUGAUAGUAACUGGAAGGGAGCUGAAGGUAUUACUAAUAAUAUUUAUAUACUAUGCUAAUAUACGCUUUAUGUGAAUUUAAAAAGAUGCACAUGUAGAGAAUGCACAUUAAUAAUUGUAGUUUCUAUACUAUAAUGUUAUAAUAAUAAUCUAAUCUAUUUAAGCUCUCUAACUGUUAUAGUUUCAAGGUAGCUCACAACCUGACACAUCAACAGGUAUUUUCUGGUUGUGUUGUUUUGUUUGUAAAUGAUGCGAAUUCUUGAUUUAGGUGAAAUUUCCAUGAGAGCGUCGAACGUCGAUCGUCAAGGGAUAUUACGUCUUUCAUGAAUUUACACAUUUAUAAUUGAUAAUGCAAUCAAGCUAUACAGCCAAGGGUAUGCGCAGAAGAAGGCUUAGUUAUAUUGUUAUGUUAAAAUUGUGCUUUCAGGAGUUUAUUUAAUGUCUUUGGAAUAAUUUUUUAAUUUCUAAAUAUUGUGAAAUUACCCUUUUGGAGGUUUACUCAAGUUUUAUAUUAUUUGGUAGAAAAAUUAUUUUGGCCACAAAGAUAGGCGGCGAAAAUAUUUGUGGUUGUAAAAAGGCUCUAUCAUCUUUCAUUCAUCAUUGCUUGCUAACUUAACUGUUUUCUACGAAAUGUUAGGAUUUUACAUCAAAUGUUCAAACCAAUGAUAGGUUCUAGACAAAUCUGACAAGGCUUUGUCAAGAAACGAUUCAAGGCCGAAGGGGCUAUUUAGAUUUUGAAAAAAGUCCAGAACGCGUCCAAACUUCGUGUUUAAAUGUUUUUAGAUUACUGAAUAUUUCGACUUCAAGCCACAUCAUACUAAAAAAUUCUGGAUCAGAAGUACUACUACCUAUACAUAUUUAGUCAGUACCUCACUACUGUUUUCUGUAUGUAUAUAGAAAAGUUAGGAAAGUGAUGAAUAGGCGCAAAUAUAUGAAAAAGACUGGCAACAGAUAAUGAGUGUAAAAUGGUCCACGAGCUAAGAUAGAAGACUCAAGCUGCAAUUUAAAAAAUACUCAUAUCAGAUUUUUUGGAUAAUUUUGAUUGUUAUAUCAAUUGGUGCUUUGAAUCUUUGUUUUUUGUUGCAUGUUGAAAAAUUGUUUUCUCUCACAAUCAGAAUGAAAAAUAAUCAUGUACAAUAUUGGGUCAGUAACUGAAUACAAUAUUUAUAUGUAAUCAAAAAACAAUAUUAUAUCUGUAUUUCAGUUUUUUAUUAUAUAAACAAUAAUUAUACUUAAUAUUGUAGUUACCAAUAAACAACAGGUAAAUAAUACGUGUUUUUAUGUUGGCGCAUAAUGUCCUCUGGCCUUUCUACUUCUUU